AGGAGGGUACGGGUGUGUUUCGAGAAUGUUUUCCAAACUCUUAUCGCUGGGCCUGUGUCUGGGUCUGGGGCUCAUCGCGCUAUGUGCGCAGUUGGCCACCGCCCGUCCCCAGAAUCCCUACUACGUGGAGAGCUCGCGCAGCGGCGAGGGCGGCUACGGACAGUCCUCAAGGCAUCAGCAUCACAGUCAUAGGCGAGGCCAUGGAUCUGGCCCGGGAUUCUCUGGCGGAUAUGGUCCUCCACAGCAGCCCGGGUUUGGUGGGAGGUCCCCACAACCAUCGCCCCACUACGAUCCCUAUAACCAACAGCCUGGCAGUCCCUUCCGCGGACAGCAGCCUGGGGGCUUCCGUCCCCACCCCGGACAGGGAGGCCGACAUUCUGGUGGAGAUUUCCACAGAGGACAAAAUGGAUUCCAACAGCCAGGAGGAUACCAGCCAGGACAAGGUCAAGGAGGAUUCCAGCGGCCAGGUGAAGGAGGUUUCCAGCAGCCAGGUGAAGGAGGUUUCCAGCAGCCAGGACAAGGUCAAGGAGGAUUACAGCAGCCAGGUCAAGGUCAAGGAGGAUUCCAGCAGCCAGGACAAGGUCAAGGAGGAUUACAGCAGCCAGGUCAAGGUCAAGGAGGAUUCCAGCGGCCAGGACAAGGUCAAGGUGGAUUCCAGCAGCCAGGACAAGGUCAAGGAGGAUUCCAGCCGCCAGGUCAAGGUCAAGGAGGAUUCCAGCCGCCAGGACAAGGUCAAGGAGGAUUCCAGCAGCCAGGUGAAGGUGGUUUCCAGCAGCCAGGACAAGGCCAGGGAGGUUUUCAGGAGCCAGGUCAAGGUCGAGGAGGAUUCCAGCGGCCAGGUGAAGGAGGAUUCCGUCAGCCGGUAGCAAAACAACCAGACAGUCCUGGAAAUUCUCAUCCAGAUCAAGAUGAGGGCUUUCAGAAGCCGCAGCCAGGAAGUGGAGGGAAUCCUAUCCAGCCUCGUCCAGGACAGGGUCAGCAGCCGGGUUUCCAGCAGCCAGGAGGCGCUUCAAAUCCCAUCCAGCCUCGUCCAGGCACUGACGGCGAGGAUUUUUCCCAGUUUCACUUCCAGACACCCAACACGGUACAGCCCCGACCAGGUCAAGGUCAAGAGCAGCCCGGGCAAGGGGGCAGCACCAUCCAGCCGAGACCAGGAGAUGAUGGCGAUGCUUUGAAGGAUAUUUUCAACACCCACGACUUCCUGUCGCCCAGCCUGAAUCAAGGCGGAGGCCACAGGGAUCCCAAGUCGGAGACCGAGGAUGCCGUACCGUCAUCCGUUAACCAGCGCAAUCUCUUCAAUACGGAUCCCAUUUGCACGGACGGAACCGUUCUCAUGGCGGGACGUUGUCGCAAAGCGGCCUAGGGCAACGGCAACGGCAACAUGGGUGCUAUCAUGACUGGUCGUUUUGUAUGUCAACAUCUAUUUUCAUAAAUGCAUCAUACAGUUGUCUUUUAUAACAAUAAAAUUGGCUUUAUUCUGAGUAAUCGAAA